AUGACAGAGUCCCUGCUUCUCCCUCUAGUGCGCUGCGUGGCCGGCAAGGCUGCAGACGCACUUGUUGAGACCGUGAGCCGCAUGUGUGGCCUCGACGGUGACCGCCGAACGCUGGAGCGCCAUCUGCUAGCCGUUGAGUGCAAGUUGGCGAAUGCCGAGGAGAGGAGUGAGACAAACGGGUAUGUCAAGAGCUGGAUGAAGGAGCUCAAGUCUAUCGCCUACGAGGCCAACGACGUGCUUGACGACUUCCGGUAUGAGGCGCUGCGCCGCCAGUCUAAGAUUGGCAAGUCCACUACCCGCAAGGUACUUGGCUACAUCACGCGCCACAGCCCGUUGCUCUUUCGUUUUGAAAUGAGCAGGAAACUCAAGAACGUCCUCAAGAAGAUCAAUAAGUUGGUUAAGGAGAUGAACACAUUUGACUUGGAGAGUUCUGUCCGUAAGGAGCGGCAACAUCCUUGGAGGCAAACACACUCAAAACUGGAUGACACUAAGGAAAUCUUUGGAAGAGAUGAAGAUAAGAAGGUGGUGGUGAAGUUGCUGCUGAACCAGCAAGAUCAGCGGAAUGUGCAGGUGCUCCCCAUCUUUGGGAUGGGAGGUCUUGGCAAGACAACUCUUGCUAAGAUGGUGUAUAAUGACCAACAGAUCCAGGAACAUUUCCAGUUAAAGAUGUGGCACUACGUGUCCGACAACUUUAAUGUCGUUGCUCUUUUGAAAUCCAUCAUUGAGUUGGCCGGAAAUAAAAGAUGUGACAUGCCUGACACCAUUGAGCUGUUGCGAAAGCAACUUGAGGAAGUCAUUGGCCAAAACAGGUUUAUGCUCAUGAUUGAUGAUGUGUGGAAUGAGAACGAGAGGAUGUGGGAGGAUGAUCUGAAGCCUCUUUUGUGUUCUGUUGGUGGACCAGGAAGCAUAAUAGUAGUCACAACUAGAAGCCAUAAAGUGGCCUCUAUAAUGCAGACCCUGCGACCCCUCAAGCGAGAAUGUCUGAGCGAACAAGAUUCAUGGGAAUUGUUUGCACAUAAAGCAUUUAGCAAUGGUGUAGAGGAGCAAGCAGAGUUAGCCAGCAUCGGAAGGCGUAUUGUCAAUAAAUGUGGGGGGUUGCCUCUUGCUCUCAAGACAAUGGGUGGAUUGCUGAGUUCAAAGGAAAAAGUACAAGAAUGGAAAGCCAUCGAAGAAAGUAACAUUGGGGAUAAUGAUGGAGGCAAAUAUGAGGUCAUGCCCAUACUGAAGUUAAGCUACAAACACCUGUCCUCUGAAAUGAAACUAUGUUUUGCAUUCUGUGCAGUUUUUUACAAGGAUUAUGAGAUGGAGAAGGAUAGGUUGAUCCAACUAUGGAUGGCAAAUUGCUUUAUUCAAGAAGAGGGAACAGUGGAUUUAGUACAGAAAGGAGAAUUUAUUUUUGAUGAGUUGGUUUGGAGGUCCUUCCUCCAAGAUAAGAAAGUGGUAGUCAAAUCUGCAAUCCAUCAUGGUGACACACAAUAUAAGAUAGUUGUAUGUAAAAUGCAUGACUUAAUGCAUGAUCUAGCAAAAGAUGUCACAGAAGAAUGUGCAAGUAUAGAAGGAUCGUCUCAGCAGAAAGCAUUGUUAAAAGGUGUUUGUCACAUGAAAAUGUCAAAGGCUGAAUUGCAACGAAGCAGUGGGUUAUGCAAAGGCAGAACAUACCUCCGCACUUUAUUAGCUCCAUCAGAAUCAUGGGAGGAUCAUAAUUAUAAUUUUCCAAGCAGAUCACACAAGGAUAUUAAGGAGUUGCAACAGGUAUUGGCAUCACUAAGAGCAUUGCAUUGCCCCCCUUCUCCAACUGUCAUUUGCAAGGCCAUAAAUGCAAAACAUUUACGGUAUCUUGACCUCUCUGGGUCUGACAUCGUUAGGUUGCCAGAUUCAAUAUGUAUGUUGUAUAACCUGCAAACACUAAGGCUCAUAGAUUGUCAGAACUUGCAACAGUUACCAAAAGACAUGGCAAGAUUGAGAAAGCUCAUCCAUCUUUACCUUUUUGGUUGUGAUAGUCUCAAAAGUAUGUCUCCAAACUUUGGUCUACUUCACAACCUUCACAUAUUAACAACAUUUGUUGUGGGUACUAGAGAUGGCCUUGGGAUAGAGCAGCUCAAAGAUUUACAAUGCCUUAGCAAUAGUUUGGAAUUGUUGAAUUUGAGCAAGAUAAAGAGUGGCGAGAAUGCAAAACAACCUCAAUCAGAAGAAAAAUCUAAGUGA